AUGGGAGCUCUCCUUUUGCGGCUGGCCGUCAUGGCUGCCGCUCUGCUGAUGGUCCUCAGAGCAGAAGGCGCGGGUCAGAACCCGGACCACGUCCUGCAGGGCACGGGCGUGAAAGCGGAGGCCAGGCGGCCCGGCGACGGCGACUCCACCGUGGCCCCCGAGGACGCCGCCCGCUUCCUCAGCUGCUACUGCUCCGGACAUUGUCCAGAAGACGCCACCAACAACACCUGCCAAACCAACGGUCAGUGCUUCGCCAUCAUCGAGGAGGACGAGCACGGCGAGCCAAUCCUCACCUCGGGCUGCAUGAAGUAUGAGGGCUCGCACUUUCAGUGCAAGGAUUCCCCGAACGCUCAAACGAGGAGAACCAUCGAGUGCUGUGCCACCGACUUCUGCAACCGAGACCUACGACCCACGUUACCCCCACAGGCCCCUUCAGAAGGCAGCCCCCACUGGUUGGCGUUCCUCAUCUCCAUGACGGUGUGCUGCUGUAUGCUCAUCUGCGUCACGGUGGUCUGCUACUACAAGUACAAGUGGCAGAGCGAGCGUCAGCGUUACCACAAGGACGUGGAACAGGAAGUGUUCAUCCCAGUGGGGGAGUCACUCAAAGACCUCAUCCAUCAAUCUCAGAGCUCCGGCAGCGGUUCGGGGCUCCCCCUGCUGGUUCAGAGGACCAUCGCCAAGCAGAUCCAGAUGGUGCGUCAGAUCGGCAAAGGGCGGUACGGCGAGGUGUGGCUAGGCCGCUGGCGAGGCGAGAAGGUGGCUGUCAAAGUCUUCUUCACUCGAGAGGAGGCUAGCUGGUUUCGGGAGACGGAAAUCUACCAGACCGUCCUCAUGAGACACGACAACAUCCUCGGCUUCAUCGCAGCAGACAUCAAGGGGACGGGGGCCCUGACGCAGCUGUUCCUGAUCAGCGACUACCACGAGAACGGCUCGCUGCACGACUUCCUGAAGACGGCCACGCUGGACACGGCCACGCUGCUGCGGCUGGCCUACUCGGCCGCCUGCGGCCUCUGCCACCUGCACACAGAGAUCUACGGCACGCAGGGCAAACCGGCCAUCGCCCACCGGGACCUCAAGAGCAAGAACAUCCUCAUCAAGAAGAACGGCGCCUGCUGCAUCGCUGACCUGGGUCUGGCCGUCAAGUUCAACAGCGACACCAACGAGGUGGACCUCCCGCUGAGCGGGCGCAUGGGCACGCGGCGCUACAUGGCCCCCGAAGUGCUGGACGAGAGCCUCCAGAAGAACCACUUCCAGGCCUACCUCAUGGCGGACAUGUACAGUUACGGACUGGUCGUCUGGGAGAUGGCGAGACGCUGCGUCACUGGCGGCAUAGUGGAGGAGUACCAGCUUCCUUAUUAUGACUCUGUGCCAUCGGACCCGUCCUAUGAGGACAUGUUGGAAACUGUGUGCGUCAAGGGCCUGCGUCCCACAGUGUCCAACAGGUGGAACGGCGACGAGUGCCUGCGCGCCGUGCUGAAGCUGAUGAGCGAGUGCUGGUCGGCGAAUCCCGCCUCCCGCCUCACCAUCCUGAGGGUGAAGAAGACGCUGGCUAACAUGGUGGAAUCGCAGGACAUCAAGAUCUGA